CCCAUUUACAAUUCCAAAAUCCAAAUAGACUUCUUCCCCUUCCCCCAACUUUCCUUCCACCAUUUAUAUACCCUCGAAGCUCUUUCCAUUGCAAGCACACAAUAUCUUACAAAGAGAAAACAUGGGGUUUUCCAACAUGGUUUUCUUCCCCAUAUUGUUUUUACUCUGUUCCAUCUUCUCCAUUCAAUCAACUGCACAAACACCAAGUUUAGGUUUCCGAUGCUCAAACACCACCUCCACCGCCACAUGCAACUCACUCAUCGACUACAAACUCCCAAACACCACCACCCUCGCUUCCAUCCUCAGACUCUUCGAAAUCAAAAACCUCCGCUCUCUCCUCGCCGCCAACAACCUCCCAAUCACAACCCCACAAACCCAAACCUUCCCCGCCUCCCAAAUCCUCAAAAUCCCCUUCCCCUGCGCCUGCCGUGACGGUUCCGGAAUCUCCAACCGCCGUCCGAUAUACACCGUGGUUCCCGACGACGGUCUAUUCCAUAUCGCCGCCGAGGUGUUUUCUAACCUCGUGACGUACCCGCAGAUCCAGUCUGUUAAUAAUAUAUCCGAUCCGAAUACUAUAUUGGUGGGUCAGAAGCUCUGGAUUCCAUUGCCGUGUAGCUGCGAUGAAGUUAAUGGGGAUACGGUGGUGCAUUAUGGAUACUUGGUGCCCGCCGGGAGCACCGUCAGUGGGAUUGCGGAGCAGUUUAGUACGACGGAGAGCACGUUGUUGAAUCUGAAUGGGAUGAACAGCUCUGCAAACUUGCUAGCUGAUUCGAUUCUUGAUGUUCCUCUUAAAGUUUGUACAUCAUCGGUGCAAAAUAACUCUUCGGACUACCCUUUACUCGUCCCAAAUGGUACUUACGUUUUUACGGCUAACAGUUGUGUCCGAUGCCAAUGCAAUGCUGCGAAUAAUUGGAUAUUGGACUGCAAGCCAUCGGGGAUUAAGUUGCCACGAGGGCAAACUUGUCCUUCCAUGCAAUGUGUGGGGACCGCUUUUGAUUUGGGCAACACCACUUCGGAUUCUAAUUGUAGCCUUUCAAGAUGUUCGUAUGCGGGAUACAUAAAUGGCACCAUUGAAACUACUCUUACUCAAGAGUCUACUUGUCCAAGUAGUCCAGGUGGAAAUAACAACACCCCUUCAGGAAAUGGUUCGAAUGGUUUAAGAUCGAGCUUUAUUGUUGGUGUAUUAUUGAUCGCUUUUCAUCUUCUCAAGUGAGAUAAAUAUAUACCCGUGAAUUUUUACAGUGAUGUAGUAGUUAGUAUCCAUGAAGCUAGUAUUAUCACGGUUUUUUGUUUUCUUGCAAUUUUCAUGGAAUGUUGUUUAUUAGAGGGAAGAUUUUGGUUAAUAUUUGGUGUUUGAUCAUUUUGAGUUUUGUAUAUGUAACACGAUUGCCUAAUAAUGUUGGUUCUUGUUCUUCA